CCAUAAGAAUGGCAUCGUUAGCACCAUUCUUUAAAAUUUCCGACUCCAUCUUGGCUGAUGAAAGUUUCGACGAUCUGGAAAUCAAUAAUCAUUUUAAAUGCACUAGCAAAGAUCUAAAUGAAUACCCAAGAACUUCAACCCCAUUGCCUGGAGAGAUAACAUCAAUUUACAGCUUACCCAGAUCAUAUAAUAAUCAAAACCUUUGUACAAGAAGUAAACCAACAACAUUCAUUUCACAAAAUCAACAAAAAGGAAUGACGGAAAAACCGAAGCAUUCUGAAUAUUUUUUAAGACUGAUGAAAACACGCCAAGAAAUGCAGAAAAAAUUAACUGCGAAAAAUGGUUCAAACAAAAGUGUGCAGCAAUAUUUGAGAAAGUUACCGCCCAGUACGAGCAAAGAAGUGACGAUAAUACCAGUGAAAAUGAAACCUGAUGACAAUUCAGUUUAUAUUUCUAAAGAAUUAAGUGACAGGACUGACACAAAACUACCGAAAGUUUCAACAAAAGAGGUAGAAAAAUUUGGAGAGCAGUCAGAUGAUGAAGAGAGGCAUGAGAGGUCUCAUAUCGCAUCGGAUUUUAAUCAGAAGACCCCGCAAUCAACGCAUGCAACGAGUAACCAUAGGAAGAGAAUUUUCAUAGGGAGGACAGGUGCUAAGCAACAGCAUGUUAGUAAAAAAGCCACAGAGAGUGAAUUACCUUAUAAUAUCGACGUGUCAACCUCCAACACGACAAAUGCAACCGAGGCUCUCAAACUGUUAAAAAGGCCACUUCUGUUACCAAGUAAGGAUCCACGAUCGUCAAAAAUGCCCCGUUUAGAUCUCAAUCAACAUCAAUUCCGCUGCAAACAGUACAUAGUCCAUUCACAAUUUACAUGUACUCAAAUUGAGAAAACAUUUAAGUGCAGAGUUGGAACAUCGACAGAGAGUGAAGACCUUGAUGAUUACUAUUUUGAUGCCAUGCCAGACGGAAAGGCCCCACACUUCCCACAACAACCAGUGGCUCGCCAAAACGACGAUGGCUCAUUGGAGCUCGAAUGUUUCGUUGAUGCCAACCCAACCCCACAAGUGAAGUGGUAUUACGAUAACAAGGAGGUCGAAAACUCUGGACGCUUCAGUGCCAACCUUGCCAACAAGGGAAGCGACAGCUACUCAGCCAUCCUCACAAUCAAGGAGCUUGCUGAUGCUGACGCCGGAGCAUACAGAUGCGCCAUUGUCAACCCACACGGAAAAGGAAAUGCUAACUUCAACCUGAAGCUUACCGGAUUCUCUUCCCCAACAUUUGUUGAGAAGCCACAAAUCUCAUCCAGAGACGACGGACAAGUUAUGGUUAUGGAAUUCCGUGCCAAGUCCAUUCUUGAGCCAACUUUUGUGUGGCAAAAGCUUGUUGGUGGAGGAGCUGAAGAGAUCAUUGCCAACUCUGACAGAAUCAAGGCUGUGAAGAAGCUCGAGGCCGGAAACGUCUACUAUUCCGCUCUCGAAAUCAAGGAGCCAACCAAGGACAAGGACGCCGGACAGUUCAUCUGCACCGUCAAGAACGAGUCUGGAAAGCUCACCGCCACGUUCACCGUCAAGUUCGAGGUGCCAGAGGGAGCCCCAUCUUUCACCAGAAAACCACAAAUCCUCCAACAAACAUCGGCCGGAGGAGAGCCAGCAAUUUGCUUUGACAUUGGAUACUCAGCCAGAAUGAACCCACAAGUCACCUGGAUUUCACCAAAGUCCAAGAAGAUGAAGGAGUCCUCUCGUAUCAAGUUCAAGACCAACGACGAAGGAAAUGGCAACUUCACUGCUCAAUUGGAGCUUACAAACUACAAGGCAAAGGAUUCGGGUACCUACACUUGCAACAUCAAGAACGACGCUGGAGAAGCAAAUGUUGAGCUGACGUUGAACAUUGAGGGACCACUUGAUGACUACGCUGAUGAUAGCGAGAACUAAACGUUUUCCAAUUGUUACAUGACAUCAUUUGCCUUUUGAAUAUCUUUCCCAUUGCCAUACCAUUGUGUAACCAUACCCUCUUUUUAUAUUCAUUUUUGAAUUUAUUUCCAUCCAAAACAAAACACCGAUUCUUUUCCGUUCGUAUUUUCUUUCCCCUCCCAUCGCCCGCACGUCAUCCGAUCCCUUUCACAAUUAUAUGUUUUCUCUUUGAAAAUUUUUAUUGUCAUGGUUCUUUCAAGAAUAUAAAAAUCUGCACACCUACUUAUUUCCCAAGAAUCGGUGCUGCAAAAUGCCACGGACUGAUAAUUAUGAUCUGCUUCCGAAUGCAACUCAUUAUAAAACAUUUUAAAGAAUGCUGAAAGCCUACAGAAUAUUAAUCAAAUAAAAUUUUUGUUUGAGGAACACCUGUUACUAGACCCUCUUCUUUCUUUCUUUAAAGAAGAAACUGAACCUGUGCAUUAGAAUGUUUUCUAGUCUCGUUUUUCCUUUUUUGUUCUUUAUAGCGUAUUUUUGUUUUUUAUAAAAUGAACAUUUUACGGGAUUGUGCAAAAU